UACCCUCACCUCGACUCCAGCAUGAAGUUUACGUGGCUGCUGCUGCUGGUGCUUCUGCUGGCCCUGACGGCUGUCUUCGCCAGACCUGACCCCGGCAAGAAGAAAAAGUUUGGCAAGAAAGGUGGUGGUUAUAUUCUUCAACCCAUUCAUGUGAUACAAGUACCUGUCAAAUACGGUGGCUAUGGCGGUGGAGGCUACGGUGGUGGCGGCGGCUACGGAGGUGGCGGAUUUGGCGGAGGUGGUUUUGGCGGAGGUGGUUUUGGCGGCGGUGGUUUUGGAGGCGGUGGUUUUGGAGGCGGUGGUUUUGGAGGCAAUGGUUUUGGCGGUGGUGGCUACGGCGGCGGCUUCGGAGGUGGUGGUUUUGGGGGUGGCGGCUUCGGAGGUGGUGGCUUAGGCGGCGGCGGAGGCUAUGGGGGGAGUGGAUUUGGAGGAGGUGGCUUUGGGAAAGGUGGUUUUGUAGGUGGUGGCCAUGGAGGAGGUGGCUUUGGAGGAGGUGGCUUUGGAGGAGGAGGCUUUGGAAAAGGUGGUUUUGUAGGUGGUAGCCAUGGAGGAGGUGGCUUUGGAGGAGGUGGCUUUGGCGGUGGUGGCUUUGGAGGUGGUGGCUUUGGAGGUGGUGGCUAUGGGCGGUAAACCAAACUUUCUUGAGGCAUCGCAAAGUAUUAGUCCCAGCUAGUCAUGUUGCAAGCGUUGAGACCCACCUGGUCGUGUUGCAAAUGUUGAGACCCACCUGGUCGUGUUGCAAAUGUUGAGACCCACCUGGUCGUGUUGCUUCGUGUUGUGCAUGACUUGUCUGACCCCCCAACAUCACAAGGCAUCAAAUUUCACUUCAUUUAACGACCAAGCUCCACGAUUAUUAUUUUUAACUCAUACUCAUUAUUCUUAACUUGUUAACUCCUCAGGAGAAUCUUAAUGUAUCUGUA